AAGGCAGUAGGGGAGCGGAUUCUCCCACUACGUCGCGCCGUUGGGUCUGUCAGGGGCCUCCCGCGCCGCCGCCUUGCUAUCUGACCAGCUGUAAGCAAUGUCCAGUGACCCGCCCCCACCCUACCCAGGGGGACCUUCUGCACCGCUACUACAAGAGAAGAAUGGCCCACCCAGCAUGUCAGACGGAGUCUCUGCUGCUGGAGUCCAGCCCCAUGGGAUGCCUGUGCCCCCUUCAGAUUUUGGGCCACCCCCGUACGAGCCACCCCUGCAGCCAGGGUACAUCCCUGCUCCCGUUUCUGCAGAUGGCUCUAUGCCCUACACGCCCCAUGGUUAUUAUCCACCCCCAGGACCUCACCCUCCCAUGGGCUAUUACCCGGCUGCGGGACAUUACCCCUCUCCUGGUGGCCACACAGCAGCUGUCAUUGUACCGUCGGGGGCUGCAACCACCGUCACCGUGCUGCAGGGAGAAAUAUUCCAGGGCAGCCCCGUGCAGACAGUGUGUCCUCACUGCCAGCAGGCCAUCACCACUGCGAUUACACAUGAGAUAGGGCUUAUGAACUUCCUCCUCGGCUUCUUCUGCUGCUUUGUCGGAUGUGAUCUGGGCUGCUGCUUGAUUCCAUGUUUAAUAGAUGACUUCAAGGAUGUGACCCACACUUGUCCUAACUGCAAAGCCUAUAUCUACACAUACAAGCGCAUGUGCUAACAGCACCCUCGGGAGCCACACCUGCUGGAAUGAUGUCACCUGCUCCUCCACACCGAUCUACACGUGCAGAAUGCUCCUUUGCUUAGC